AAGUAUGAUGUUUCAACAAGAGUACCCUUAUGGAUUUUCACUUGUGGAAUCAUCCUUAAACUACGAAAUCUUGGAUUUCUUCCAAAACAUGGUUUUUUCGAACUCUGAAGACUUAAAGUCAUCACAGCAAAAUAAUUCCCUUUCUUCAACGACACUCUCUUGCUCCAUAGCAGAGCAACAAUCUUACUCAACUCAAAACUUAUCUUCUCUGCGACCACGAUGUGGUUCCAGUGCCGACAACGUACCACCGCGGAAGAGGACAAGGACAACAAGAAGUGAUAAAAAAAUAGAAGAUAAAGAGAACCAAAGAAUGAAUCACAUUGCCAUCGAGCGUAACCGGAGAAGACAGAUGAAUCAUUUUCUCUCUGUUCUCAAAUCUUCGAUGCCUCUCUCUUAUUCUCAACCUUGUGACCAAGCAUCAAUCAUAGAAGGAACCAUUAACUACGUGAAGAAGCUAGAACAACUUCUUCAAUCACUCGAAGCACAAUCAAAAGCUACUAAACCCAAUGAAUCACCAAACAUAUUCUCCAGCUUCUUCAUGUUCCCUCAAUACUCCACUGCCACCGCCUCUUCCUUCUCCUCGAGCCACCACCAUCAAAAGAAACUAACGGCAGUUGCUGACGUGGAGGUUACAAUGGUAGAAAGGCAUGCCAACAUUAAAGUGUUAACAAAGACACGACCAAGAUUGCUUUUCAAGAUGAUCAAUGAGUUUUACUCUUUGGGAUUAAGUACUCUUCAUCUCAACCUCACAACUUACAAAUCCAAAGACAUGUCUCUCUUCACUUUUGGCGUCAAGGUAGAGGCAAGUUGUCAAUUGACGCCUUCUAUUAACGAGAUCGCAAAUGCGGUGCAUGAAGUCGUUAGAAGAAUUCACGAGGAAAGUUGAAAUUUCUUUUUUUACAAUUAUAUUAGCUAACAUUGAAAUUCUAUUAUUUAUAUAAAUAAAAUCAAGCUGGGGUGACCAAAAAAAAAAAAAAAAAUCAAGCCCCAUAUAAGUCAAACAAAGUGUAUAGAGAGGCUUCAAAUUGCCAGACUUGGAUUGGGCCUUUUAGCUUAACCGUGAGGCGGAUGAGAUAUUAGAUUACGAACGAGCUUCUUCUUCCUACGAUUAAAACUUGUAUAUAGGUGGCCGAAACAUCUGAUGAAGGAAAGCAAAAAGUAGAACCCAAAAAGCCCAAUUUACAAAUUUUCUCCAAAUAUGACCAUUGUUGUAUCUUCCAGAUUUUAAAUCUGACAUAUUGCAUAUUGUUAGAGAUGUUAUAAAA